AUGGCCUUCUCCCUCUUCGUAGAGGCCACGUUAUCCGAAAGAUCAACCACGUUUGAAACAGAAGCAGCACUACACAGUGGCAUCGGUAUUAUUCGGGAUCUGGAUCGAACGAGUCCUCAAGCCCAUCGUUACAUUGACGUCUUGACAGAGCUUCGCAAUGCACUCCAGAGCUAUCGCGAACGUCUCAUUCCACCCCGGAGAAAGAGUAGUGGACAGUUCCUCAGCCAGAUCUUUACACUGGACCAGGAGAAGAGUACACCAGCAGCUCAGGACACUGAGAUGACCGGACUGGCGUCUACAGUUGUACCGCCUGAGCUUGGUGACGAAUCAUCUGGAGGGCUAGGCGACGCAGAAUAUGAGCAAUAUGUGGCGUAUACCAGAUGA